AGGCAUUCGGCCGGCUCGCCCAGAACGGGCUGGGUGAACUACAUCCGGGUCGUUGGAGGCGCUCCCCCGCCCCUUUUCCUUCAGUAAUCUCGCUCACUUCCUGCGGUUUCCGGUCUCUUUUGCACCCGUCGUCCCCGCCGCCGCGGUAGCCUCUCCCCCUCCCUGCCCCCUCCCUCACUUGUCCCCUCGCCUCCUCUCCGUGCGAGUCUCUCCCCCUCCCCCACCAGGCCCGCGCGCCGUUUCUCCCUCCCCCCACCCGCUCCCGGACUCGCGCCUCGCGGAGCCGUUUCCCGGGGAGACCGGCGCUGCCCUGCCCUCCUCCGCCGCCGCCGGCUCCCCGGCCGCCGGGGCUUGGCGAAGCCUCCGGGCCCCCUCCGCAGUGGUGAGGCGUCGGGGGAGCGGGGAGGCCGGGGCCGGGCUCACUCGGCUUUGUGUGUGUGUGUGCACAGCCCCGUCGCCGUGGUCCUCCGGCCGCCCCCAGCCCGGGACAUGCCUCGGCCGGGGUCGGCGUGGGCGGCCGCCCUCCUGCUGCUGCUGGCGCUGGCGCUGGGGCCGGGCCGCUGCUCGGAGAUCACCUUCGAGCUGCCAGACAACGCCAAGCAGUGCUUCUACGAGGACAUCAUCCAGGGCACCAAGUGUACCCUCGAGUUCCAGGUGAUUACUGGUGGUCAUUAUGAUGUAGAUUGUCGGUUGGAAGAUCCUGAUGGUGUAGUGUUAUACAAAGAAAUGAAGAAACAGUAUGAUAGUUUUACCUUCACUGCAUCCAGAAAUGGAACAUACAAAUUUUGUUUCAGUAAUGAGUUCUCUACUUUCACACACAAAACUGUGUACUUUGACUUUCAAGUUGGAGAAGAUCCACCAUUGUUUCCCAGUGAGAACAGAGUCAGUGCACUUACACAGAUGGAAUCUGCUUGUGUUUCAAUUCACGAAGCUUUGAAGUCUGUCAUCGACUACCAGACUCAUUUCCGACUAAGAGAAGCUCAAGGACGCAGCCGGGCAGAGGAUCUAAAUACAAGAGUGGCCUAUUGGUCAAUUGGAGAAGCCAUCAUUCUUCUUGUUGUUAGCAUAGGGCAGGUAUUUCUUCUGAAAAGCUUUUUCUCAGAUAAACGAACCACUACAACCCGUGUUGGAUCAUAACUAGUGUUUUGAGAAUUGAUCCACUAUACAUCUGUAAUGUUGCUGUUUUCCCAUUAAUAGUAGGUACCGAAGAACUUAAUAUUGGCAAUAUUUUAAAAACCUCUUUACCCCCUUACAUUGAUUGUGGGGAAAUGCAACAUAUAUCCCUAAACAAUGGGAAAGGACACCUUUUUAUUUGAAAAAGUUGAAAAACUUCAGAGCUUGUUUGAAGCUUUUCAUGUUAAACAUCCAACACAAACAUUCUACCCUUUCCACAGUUGUUUGUAUUCACUCUUAUCACUCUAAACUUUGUCAUGUUGAUUCUUUUUAAUCAGUAAGACUACUUCUGUCAAAGGGAACUGAUAUUUUAAUUCCUUAGGUUGCUUUAGAGAUAAGUUAUAUUAUGGAGGAAGAAAAUAGCCCUUUCAGUAGGUUAGGCAUGAAUUUUUGUUUUUUAAACCAGUGUGAUGAACUGUAGGCUAAGCCCUGUACUGCACUUUUGAUUUGUUAAUAAAAAAAAAAGUCUGCCAUAGUUACAUAAUUUUGAUUCAGUUUUGAGUUGAUAUAUCAUGGUCCAAAUUGUUAGUCUUUAAUUGCCUGUAGAGUAGCAGGUUUUAUACUCAUUCUAUAGUUUAUAAAACUAUAAAAGCAGUGAGUUUUUCAGUAAUUGUAGAAUUGAAACCUUAGAGAUUUUGGUUGAAGACACUGAGAGAUAUUAGAGCUCCAGUUAGAGAGAAUUUUUGAUAACUUUGCCACAAACAUCACAGUUUCUAUAUUGACAUAUUCUUCCGUCUUUAUAAUGACUGGCUUUCUCCAUCUGUGGCUACGUUGAUUUUAGAUAUAUCAAGUUAUUGUAAUUCUUUGAGCUAUUUAAAAUCUCAUUUGACAUUUUCAUUGUUAGCAUUACACAAUGCUGUACGUUCAGUCACUGUUAGGUAAUGAUACUUUUUUUCCCCUUGAACUUAGAAUGGGAAUCACAAUUGUUAAUAUUUGAUUGUUGGUCAUGAAACAGUAACAGAAAAGGUUUAAAGUGUUUUAUGUGUUAUUUUUUCAUCCCAGUAAAUGGUUUGCAUUGGUUUCAACCUUUAGUAGAUCUAUUACCUACUUUUAUUGAGCUGCCAUGGGCAUUUUUCUUUGAAACAGGAAAAUAUUCUUAUCUUGUGUAAAUUGAAACUCUCAUUAAGAUUAGUUUCCUCUGUCCUAGAAUGGGAUCAUUUUACUAUUCUAUAAUGCUAAGCCAAAAAUUCUACAAAUAGUUAAAACAUUUUUCUGAUGUUAGACAAAAAAAAGUUAUUUAUUCCCCUGUGGUUUUGUAUGAGAAUGAGUGCUGUACCAAAAAAUGUGAUUGUUCAAUCCCUGUGACAACAUCUAAUACUAAAGAGUAUUAAUUGGACAGCAUUUCUAGUCUUUCAGUUUACCAUCACUGACCAGAAAUUGUCAGUUCUUAAUUCCGAGACCUUUUUUAAUACAAACAUAUUUCCAGCAAGUUUUUCUUUUUUUUUCUGAGAGGGGGAAAAAGUUGCUGUUGUGGUUUACUUUGAGUUCCACAACAUAGCAGAAGCAUUUGCUAAAUGACUCUUGCAUGAUUUAAAUCCUUAAGAUUUUUCAGAGCAAAACAGAAUUGCAUGUAACAAGAUUUGGACAAAGAUCUAAAGUUAUAGAUUUGUUCAUGAGAAGUGUGGUACAGAUAUUUAGACUUGAUUUGGAUUUGAUUUCAAUCUAGUUAAUGUCCUAUGCAUAAUAUUAUAGAUGUAUUUUAAUAGGUCCUUUUCAUAUUGCUACUCUGCUCUGUCCUUCAGAUCUUUUAUUAGGCAGUACACACACACACACACACACACACAUUUCAUGAAACCAGCGUUUUUCUCCUGUUAUAUUUGGAGAACAACAAAAUUUAAAGUACUUAUAAGCCAAGAUUUGGUCCACAAAAUAUUUAAGCUAAGAAGUUAAUUUCUGAUGUUUGUUUUCUUUCCUGACUUGUGCGUGUAUAUGUAUAUUAGAAAAUACACAUCUCUCUAUAUAGAAACACAUGCUAAUUAGUUUUUUUCUUCCUCCCAUUAAAAAUGCUUGGUCUGUUGAGUCAUAAAGAAAAAUUUGAAGCCAGUUCUUUCAUCCUUUCAACUUACUCUAAUAGUUUGAAAAUUCCCAGAUGUUUGCUUGGACACAUGGCACAGGAUGCAUAUUUAAACAUUCAUAGUUGUAUAUAUUUUUUUAAGUAGUUAAUGGAAAGGGAUUUAAUAUACAAGUUUAUAUGAUAAAACAUCAACUUGUGAAGUAAACAUCUUAAAAUAUUGUUUUGCUGAUAAAAUCUAAACAUUUUUGUGUUAAAAGAAGAUGUGGUAGUGGUGUGUGAUUCAAAAAGGUUACCCAAAGCUUGACAAUAUUAAACUUUGAAUACAAUGAACUGAAAAACAAUUUUUAAAAACUAUUCUUUGAAAGAUAUGUUUAAAUUCUUGUGUAUUGUCAGUUCCUGUUUUAGUUUGUAAAUGUUUAACAUUUAUAGUUUGAAUGAAACAAAGCAGAUCCUUUGAAUAUUGUUUUGGAAAAAUUAAAACAAAUUAAUAUAUGAAUAUGAUGUAGUGGCUUUUUUGGGUUUAGCUUGGGACAGGCAGGAACUUAUUCUGAAUUAAACAGAUAUUAUUUCUAAAA